CAGCCAUAGUUCUAAAGAGAAGGAGAGAGAAAGAAGAACUACGAUGAGUAAUCGUCGCUUGCAUCUUGCAAGCGAUGAUGAUGACGAUGAAGAGCUCGUGCCGCCGCCGCGGCGUUCGCGUUUGCGUUCAAGGAACAAGGAAGAACCGAAAGACCAGCAAAGGAAGAGGAAGAAGUUAAAGCUCGUGGACGAAGAUGACGAGGAAGAAGAAGUUGGAGGAAAGAAAACUAAGGAGGAAGGACCUUCGACUAGCGGAAGUGCUGGGGAUUAUGAAAAAGAAGAACCUGUAGCUGAUGCUAAUCCAAUUGGUGAUUCGAUUAGGGUUUCUGGAAAGGGACGUACUAGACGUGGUCACUUUGAUUCGUUUGAGUAUGAUGGAAUUACAUUUGAACUUGAAGAUCCUGUGUUGUUAGUUCCUGAGGAUACAAGACAGAAGCCUUAUGUUGCUAUAAUUAAGGAUAUUUCUCAAAAAAGAAAUGGGAGUGUCAUGGUUACUGGACAAUGGUUUUAUCGACCCGAAGAAGCAGAAAGAAAAUUAGGUGGGAAUUGGAAAUCACGUGAUACAAGGGAGUUGUUCUAUAGUUUUCAUCGAGAUGAGGUCCCUGCAGAAUCUGUAAUGCAUAAAUGUGUAGUUCACUUUAUCCCUCUAAACAAACAGAUCCCCAGACGUAAGCAACAUCCUGGUUUUAUUGUACAAAAGGUGUACGAUACUGAACAGAAAAAAUUGUUCAAGCUCACUGAUAAGGAUUAUGAAGAUAUAAAACAGCAUGAAAUUGAUCUCCUUGUUCAGAAAACAAUGUCUCGAGUGGGAGAACUUCCAGAUGUAGAGAUACCAGAAAGCUCUAAUGAACAAGAAGAGAGAAACAAAAGGCUUUUUAGGAAAAAAACUAUGGCACCCCUUGAUGUUUCAAGGGAUGAUGAAGGGACAACUAGAUCUGGUCAACAGUUAAAACCAGAAACUCCGGGAAGUGUUACAAGUAAUACGUCUGAGUAUUACAUCAUUUUGUCAAAUUUUAAAGUCCUCACUGGUGAAACACAACGUGACAAGUGGUUAGAAAGGAUUCUUCAAGGAAUUCAGUUUAUUUGCACUUCAAAGGACAAUCCAGAAAGUAUUGACAAAGAUAAACUUGGUACUCAAGGCAUCAAUGGGGCAAAUGGUAGUAGCUCAAAAACUGCAGAUGGCUCCCUAGAUAUUAAUAAUGCUGAAACUUUUCAGUGGCCUAAAGCUGCUGUUCCUGCUGUGACUGCACUUGAGAAGGCUACACAUGAAGCCUUUUCUUCAGAUUUUCAGAAGUAUAACCAGAAGCUGAGACAGCUUUUGUUUAAUCUCAAGAAUAAUGCCAUGUUAACCCGACGAAUGCUAAAGGGAGAGUUGGAACCCUCAAAAAUACUGAACAUGUCACCGAUUGAAUUGAAGGAGGGUUUAACAUCAGAAGAAUUAGCAAGCAAGCAGCCUGAAGAGUCAGAACAUAUGCAGAUGGCUGAUGCGCGCUGCAAGAGAUGUACUGGAAAAAAAGUAGGUAUAAAAGACAUUAUUGGCGAACGCUAUCAGUUGGAAUGCAUUGGUUGUGGUAAUACAUGGUUUUCUUCUCGAGAUGAGGCUUCUACACUGACUAUAAACGAGCCAAUACAACCAGGAAGUGUUGGAAUUGCACCAUUGGCCACGGCUAAAUUUGAAGAUGUGGAAAAAGCUCUCGUGAGCCCAAGAGAAGUCGGAGGAGGAGAUAAUAAGUCUGCUGUUGAAAUUUUGAAAAAGUCAACGGAAGCCUUCAUUCCGGUUUUGGAUACACAGAAAUCCCUUAACAAAUCACGAACCAACGAAGGUCCAUCCACCACCAAAGUUGAGGAUUAAUAUGGGAUUUGUAACAAAUAAGGUGAUCUGUAUAUGGUAGUUGAUAGACUGAUGGAAGAUAAGCGGUUUUGAGUGUUUUUUCAGGUUGUUUUUUCUCUAUGUUUCCAUGUGGGAAAAUAUUAAGAAUUUUUGAAUCUUAUCUAGUUGUUUUUUACUUGGAGCAUAAUAUGACUGGUUAUGCCUUUUUUUACUUUGGUAGUUGGUUUCUUGACUAAGUUUUAUAUUGCAUGUUUGGUUUUACUUA